AUGCUCAUGCAUGAAUUGAUUAGGGCAAAUUCUAACUGUAUUUUUUGUGAUUUUUGUAAACUUUGGGUUCACCCAAGUUGUAACUUGCUUAAUUCUAAUGACUUCAAAAAACUCACCAAGGAUAACUCAGAUGAGGCAUGGUCGUGUUUAAAGUGUAAUUCUGAAAUUUUUCCAUUCCAGAGUGACAAUACAAUAGACAAGAUUUUUUCUGACGUUAACUCUCAUAUUGAAACCUCUUUUUCAAAUAAUGUUGAUGAUGAAGAUCAACGGUUUACUAAUUGUAAAUAUUAUGAAUAUAACAGCUUUAACUCUACUCUUGAACAACUUUCUUCUUCGGACCUUACACCUAAUUUUUCUUAUUUUCAUCUUAAUACUUGUUCUCUUCCCAAGAAUAUUGAUAAUAUCAACAUUCUUCUGAACUCUCUCAAUAUUGACUUUGAUGUGUUAGGCUUCAGUGAAACUAGACUUAGUAAGUACUCAAUAACACCAAUUUUAAAAGGUUAUAGAGGAUUUCAUAACCUUUCAAGCAGCAAUGCAGGAGGUACUUCCUUGUAUAUUUCUAAUUCGCUAACAGUAGUGGUACGCUCAGACCUUUCAAAUUUGCUCUUUCUUGAAAGUAAAUUAGAAUCAACUUUUGUAGAAAUCUUAGAUAACAAUCGUAAAAAUACCAUUGUUGGGUGCAUUUAUAAACACCCUAAUAUGCCAAUUCCUGAAUUUAUUAAUUUGUAUCUUAAACCCUUCUUUGAAGUAGCUAUUAAGCAAAAACAAAAACUUAUUUUAAUGGGAGAUUUUAAUAUUGAUCUUCUAAAAUGUGAAAGUAACCAUCUAGUUGAUGAUUUCCUGGAUGAACUUUAUUCUAAUUUUUUACAACCAUCUAUAACAUAUCCAACCAGAAUAUCUAAUACAUCUAAAACUUUAAUUGAUAAUAUAUUUACAUCUAAUCCAUUUACAAAAUAUUUCUCAGGUAACAUCAUCACCUCAAUUUCAGACCACCUUCCUCAAUUUUUAAUUUAUUUUGACAAUAGACUUAAAGUCAAGGAUAAUUUAGACACCUAUUACAAGGAUUGGAAAAAUUUAAACAUUAAUGCCACCAAAUUAAAUCGUAUAGUUAAUCUUAUCAGGAACUCAAAAUCAAACUAUUAUAAAGAAUUUUUCUUAAUCAACAAAAAUAACAGUAGAAAAAUUUGGAAAGGUAUAAAGGAUAUUUUAAAUAAUAAAGAUAACAACAGUAGAUCUAGCACUUCUUCCUUAAAAAUAAAUGAUAAAAUAAUCUCUGAAAAAUUAACUGUAGCUAAUGCUUUUAAUAAACAUUUUACUUCUGUUGCAGAUAAAAUUAGAAACCAAAUUCCACAUAACAAUACACACUUUUCAUCUUACCUAAAAAAUAAUAAUAGUAACUCAUUAUUCUUUAACCCUGUAACAAUAGAAGAAGUUUUAAAGAUCAUAAAUAACCUUGAUUUAACCAAAGCAUCGGGCCCAAACAGUGUCCCUAAUCUUAUCUUAAAACAAGCCAACAUAGCAAUUUCUGCAAUAUUAACCAAACGUUUUAAUCUUUCCCUACAACAAGGUGUAUUCCCAAACAUAUUAAAGAUGGUUAGUGUCAUACCAAUCUACAAGAAUAUAGGGACCAAACAUUCAACCACCCAUGCACUAAUUAGUCUCACUGAAACUAUUCGACAAAAUUUAGAUAAUUGUAAGUUUGCAUGUGGAAUCUUCAUAGACCUUCAAAAGGCCUUUGAUACUGUAUCACACGAAAUUCUCCUUUCAAAGCCUGAACAUUAUGGAAUUAGAGGUGUAACAAACUCCUGGUUUCGCUCCUAUCUCAGCGAUAGGGUACAAUAUGUCUCCCUAACUAACACCAAAUCUAAAAAACUUUUUAUUAAACAUGGAGUUCCCCAAGGUUCCGUUCUUGGUCCUAUUUUAUUUUUACUUUAUAUUAAUGAUUUAAUUAACUCAAUAAUUUUUUCAGAAAUUUUUCAUUUUGCAGAUGACACUUGCAUGUUAUAUGCUAACCAUAAUCUGAAAAAAAUGCAGAAGCAUUUAAAUAUAGAUUUAAAAUGUAUAUAUAAAUGGCUAACUGCAAAUAAAAUAGCAUUAAAUGUAGCAAAGACUGAAGUCAUCCUAUUUAGGCAAAGAAAUAAAGCAGUCAACUAUGAUAUAAGGCUGAAAUUAAAUGGAAAAAAACUUGAAUUCUCAUCUCAUGUAAGAUAUCUAGGUAUAUUAAUAGAUGAAUUUCUAGAUUGGGAUUUCCACAUAUCUUAUAUUGGCAAUAAAUUAAGAAAAACAAAUGGAGCUCUUUGCAAACUAAGAUAUUAUGUGCCUAAGGAUAUCCUACUUUCAAUUUACCAUGCAUUAUUUUCUUCUCAUAUUUCUUAUAGUCCGCAAGUAUCUUAUAAAAUUUCUCAACAUUAUUUUAACUUUGAAUAUUAUAAAUCUGCAUUCUCCAGGUAUUUAUUUAAUGUAAAAUAUACAGUUAUCUCACACGAAAUAAAAAUACUACUACUACUAAUCCAAGACAAAGAAUCUCGAGAUAGCCAGAUGUAA